AUGCGCGUUGAAGAGGGCUUCCAACCCGUCCCCUUCGUGGAAGGGAACCCGUACACGACCGACCCCAUCCUCCCGAGUCUGCUGGAGCGAAUCCUGCCUGCAGGAGCAUUCGAAGAGGUCCAUGACGAUCUCUCACGUUUUGGCGGAGAGGUUCUGACCACGCUGCGCGAGCUGUGCAAACGAUCCGCGCCGCCAGAGCUCGUGCAGUACGACUCGUGGGGCCGUCGCGUGGACGAGCUCCGGACGUCCGAGGGCUGGCGCGCCCUGAAGGAGGUGUAUCACCGCGAGGGCGCGGUUGCGAUCCCGUAUGAGCGCCGGUACGGCGCGCACAGCCGUGUGUACGGAUUUGCGAAGCUGUUGCUCGCGAACGCAGACUCGGAAAUGGUUGACUGCCCGAUGAGCAUGACAGAUGGCGUUGCGCGAGUGAUAGAGCUGCAAGGCUCGUCCGAGUUGAAGCGCGACAUCUUAACGCGGCUUGUCAGCCGGGACCCUGCUCAAGCUUUCACAGCAGGACAAUGGAUGACGGAGCGUCCCGGCGGUUCGGACGUCUCUCGCACGGAGACGACAGCGACCCCUUCUCCCUCGCCCAUCCCAUCCCUAUACGGGCCCGAAUACACCCUCGACGGCUUCAAGUGGUUCUCCAGCGCGACCGACAGCGACGUCGCCCUCGCCCUCGCCCGCACUGGCCCCACGUCCGCCGGCGCGCGCGCGCUCUCCCUCUUCCUCCUCGGCACGCGCGCGCUCCCGACCGCGGAGCUCGAGCUCGCCGGCACGCGCGCGUUCCUGCUCGGGCAGGCGGGCGACGGCGUGCGCGCGAUCGCGCCCGUGCUCGGCAUCACGCGCGUGCACUCGGCGGCGACGUCGGCGGCGCACCUGCGCAAGGCGUACGCCGCCGCGCGCGCGCACGCGGAGGGCCGCGUCGUCGCGCGCGGGGCGCUGCUGCGCGACGCGCCGCUGCACGUCGCGCAGCUCGCGCGGGUGGGGGUGCUGUACCGCGCGGUGGUGCACCUGGUGCUCGGGGCGGCGGGCCUGCUGGGGAGGGUGGAGUGCGGGACGGCGAGCGAGGAGGAGGGGUUGCGGCUGAGGAUGGUGACGCCGGCGGUGAAGGCGUUCGAGGCGGAGAUGUGCCCGGGCGCGGUGCAGGAGUGCAUGGCGUGUCUGGGCGGACAGGGAUACAUGGAAGAAAGCGGGUUCGCAACGCUCAUACAGGAUGGGCUUGUGGAGAGGAUCUGGGAGGGGACCACCACCGUUCUCUCCUUGGACUUGCUCCGCACUGUCGAGAAAGGCGGUGCUUUGAGGGCAUUUGCUUCGUGGGCGCAAGUUACUUUGGACUCCUGCCCCGGCGCCCUCGCAGAACAGCUGGGUGGGCCCUUGAGCCUCCUCCGGUCGGCACAGUUAUCUCUCCAAGAUGCCUACGUCGCGCCAGUGCAUCCGCUGAUGCCUCGACCGGCCCUCUUUCUCGUUGCCUUCGUCACCUCGAGCUUGCUCAUGUUGGAGCAUGUAAUCUGGGCCACGACCACGGCACGACCGGAAGCAUCGACCGAGGUUGAGGUCUUCCGGCGUUGGGUGCUCGAGGGUGGACUUACGAGCGCUGCGGAAGAAGUGGCGAGGACUAAAAGUUUGCCUCGGGGGAGGACGGAGGCUGACGGAGAGAUAAGCGAAUCCCAUUGCGGUGGAGGCGAGAGUAAAGCUGAGUAA